AUGGUUUUCGGCUGCUGUACAAAGAAGCGAAAGCAAUCCCGCAACUUGACCAAGAGCAGUAAGUCUGCCGCUCGUUCAAAUGUUCAAGCUAACUCCUUUAAAAAAACAAUCAUCAAGUCAACAACUCCGGCUAAAAGUAGAGGUGGAUCUGCAAGUGGACCUCGUCAAGCACAACCAGCAAAAGGUCAACAAAAGGUCAAUUUCCUCAAAAAGCCUUCAUCCACAAAAAGUGCCACUGCCAAGGCCUCUGCUGCAAAAGGAAAAUUUGAAGUGAAAGAUCCAAAGGCUACUAAAAAACAAGAUUCCUCCAUUAAGAAGUCAUCCUCUGCAUCAAGCAAGAGCAAAAAACCAUCUUCUACUUUAAAACAAACUUCUGUCUUUGAAAAGCCUCCCGCUCCAGCAAAAGCUCCAGCCUCACCCAAAAAGACACCGGAUGAAAAGGCUAAAGCGGGCAAAUCACCCAAACGAUCCGAAAGGGAAAAGGAGAAAACGAAGACGGAAAAGGGAAUUCCACCGCCAGGAAGUACUGUUGAUUCAUCUCUUUUGCCCUUUGUUGACAAGAUCGAAUCAACCGGAAGGGCCAAUGAGCCAACGAAAGCCGAUCCAUCUCCCCAUCAAGCACCUCCAUUUGUUUACGCUUCAAUCGCUGAUCCAAGACAUCCGCAACAACAAUUGAUUGUCUCUUCUUUUGUGACUGGCGGUCGUCGUGUGAAGCGUUGGACGUAUGCUGAUAGUUAUCCAGUCGGUCAAAUGCCUCCUCCAAGUCUUGGAGCUAUGCUUGCUGCUAGACCCGCUUGUUCUCGUGAAGACUGUGGAUUGACGGUGAUGGAGCCAGUUGGAAUGAUGCAGAAUAACGUACCAUCGGUUUUCUCGAAAAGUCGACAGAAAGUGAAGAAAGGCGGAGAGCAGAUUGAAAAGAAGAACAAGAAAGAGAUGAGCAACAGCGCGCAGAAAAAUAGGAAAUCUGAUGGACCAGCUCGUGAACCACAUGAAUUGUCUUGUGACGCUUCACUUACAUACAGUCGAACAGCAAAUGAGCGAACGUCAUCGUCAAUGACUAAUGUUAGCGAAAAGGACGUUGCUGAGCGUCGUUUGAGUGAAGAAGCGGUGAGGAAGAAGUUGCUGGAAAGUGCCCAAUUGCUUCAGCAAGCAAUCUCGAAGAUGAAUGAAGUGCGCUAUCGCGAAAAGGACGAUUCACUCUAUGAGACUUCUCUCUACAAAGUGCAGAAAUGCGAGAAAAGGGUUGAUGGAAUUGCUCGUGGUCUUUCAGCUGUGGAUCUUCAUGAAUCAAAGACCAAUCAACAAAAGAAAAGAAAGCCUGGAUAU